AUGGCUAUCGCUAGUUGGAAUGCCAAAGGACUCAAUGGAGAAGAAGCAAUGAGGCAAUUAAGAUUCCUCAUAAAAAACAAUAGACCGGAAGUAAUUUUUCUAAUGGAAACAAAACUUACUAAAGAUAAGGUAGCAACAAUGUGCAAGCAACUCUCUUACGAUAAUGGCUUUGAGGUCCCAAGGAUAGGACUAGGUGGAGGUGGCUUUUAUGGUCACCCAGCAGUAUCCAAUAGACAUAUGACAUGGGAGCUCUUACAACAUUUGCGAAUAGUAGCACAUGGGCCAUGGUUAGUGAUGGGGGAUUUCAAUGAAGUUCUAAGUCAAGCUGAUAAAAAUGGAGGAGGGCUACGAAACGAACACCAAAUUGAAGCGUUUCGAAACACACUAGAGGAGAGGCUGGAUUGGGCAAUGGUCAACGAAGAGUGGAAAGAUAGUUUUACUUCAGCCUCUUUAACACAUCUAGACUUCUACCAUUCAGAUCAUAGAGCGCUUCUCUUAAGGCUUCAAGAUGAAAAUGGGUACGACCUUUUAAGAAACAGAAAAAGACCUCGUUUUAAAUUCGAAAAUAUAUGGUCAAAUGAGACAGAAUGCAAAGAAAUUAUAAAAAAGUGUUGGAAACCUUUUUCUUCUUCUUCCUCCCUACUCGCAACUAUGAGCAUUUUCAAUGAAGGAAACGAAUGGUGCACAAGUGAUAGUGAGAUCAGCGAGAUCACAAUGAAGUUCUACAAUUCUCUCUUCACUUCUUCGUCCCCUUCAAAAGAAAAAAUUGAAGAACUAUUACAAGGAGUUCAUACUUCUGUUUCAGAUGAGAUGAACAUGAGUUUAGAAGCCCCAUUUUCCUUGGAGGAAAUAAAAGAUGCAGUCUUCUCUAUGCCUGCAGAUAAAAGCCCAGGUCCAGAUGAAGGUUUUUCAGCUUUACUUCAACAAGCGGAAAGUAGAAAGGAAAUAAAGGGACUACGAUUAGCUAAUACAGCUCCUUUCAUUACCCACUUAUUCUUUGCGGAUGACAGCCUCAUUAUCGUCCAGGCAUCUGAGAGAUCUCUACAAGCUAUACAAAACAUUUUUUCUCUAUACUCGACAUGUUCUGGACAGAUGAUCAAUUUUACAAAGUCUUUAUUAUAUUUUUCUCCAAAUACUUCGAAAGAGAUUGCCACAUUGUAUACAUCCUCUCUAAAUAUGCAAAGAACUGAUUCUACAGAAACAUAUCUAGGUCUACCGAUGUUGGGAGGUAAAAAUAAGAGAAUUUUGUUUAAUUCAAUAAAAGACAAAGUUUGGAUGAAGUUACACUUAUGGCAAUCAAAGCUUUUUUCUCAAGCUGGUAAAGAAAUCUUACUUAAAGCUGUUAUCCAAGCUAUGCCAACUUAUCUAAUGUCAUGCUUCCGUAUACCAGAAGGUUUGUGCCAAGAAAUUGAAAGAAUACAAGCCCGAUAUUGGUGGGGCUCUACUACUGAACAAAAGAAAAUUCAUUGGCGCGCUUGGCAUAAAAUGUGUAGACCAAAAUGUGAGGGAGGAUUGGGAUUUCGUGGUUUUAUUCAGUAUAAUCAGGCACUUCUGGCAAAACAGGCUUGGCGAUUACUAAUAAACCCUACAUCCCUUCUUGCAAAAGUACUCAAGGCAAGAUACUAUCAACAUACAAGUAUAUUGGAGGCUAGAGAAGGUCAUUAUCCUUCAAUAACGUGGAGAAGUAUCAUCUGGGGUAGGGACCUUUUACGAAGAGGAUUGCGACGACGUAUAGGAAAUGGAAAAGAAACUUUGGCCUUUAGUGAUCCAUGGGUCCCAAGACCUCCAUCUUUUCUCCCAAGUAUAAUUGAUAUAUCUGAUCCCCUUAGAGUACAUGAUCUCUUUGAAACUCCUGGUUCGUGGAACAUGAUACGAGUCCAACAAUUUUUUAAUGCUGCUGAUGCCCAGAACAUCUUAACCAUACCGCUAACUCAAUUUGAUCAUCCAGAUUCGUGGCUCUGGCACUAUACAAAUCAUGGGAACUAUACUAUCAAAAGUGGGUAUAAUCUAGCCUCAGCUAUGGACACUGCACUGCCGUCUUCAUCUGUUACAUUAAUAGCAAUGUGGUGGAAGUACUUUUGGGGAAUCAAAAUACCACGUAAAAUUCUACAUUUUGCUUGGAGAGGCUACCAUGAAAUAUUUCCCACUCUUAAAGGUUUAAAUCGACGAAAUAUCUCUAAACACAGUGUUUGCCCACUAUGUGGUUUUGGAGAGGAUUCUAAUGCACAUGUUGUCUUUUGGUGUCCUUCCUCUAAAGAAAUAUGGGAUCGGUGGGAUUACCCUUUCGUGUCAGAUAGGAAAGAGGACAUUUCCUUUAAGGAGAUACUACUCUAUGCCUCUGAAAUUUUGGAAAAAGAAAACUUUCAAAAAAUGCUCAUCAUAGCUUGGGCAAUUUGGUUUGAGAGGAAUAAAAGAACCCAUGGACAUCCAGCAAGACAAGGACAACAAGUGUUUGAAUGGACAGAAACAAUAGGAUUUGGAGCAAUCAUCCUCUCCCCAGAGAAGGAAGUUAUUGCACCUUUAUCUAAGCCCUUAAAAGGAAUGUUGUUAGCCUUUCAAGCAGAAGCUAUAGCACCGUUGGUCGCACUCAAUUGGGCUCAAAGGCUUGGAAUUCAGCUGGAUGUUAUCUUUUCUGAUUCCCUUUCUCUUCUUCCGAAAUACUCGGUAAAUAUUUUGGUGCUUUCAUUAAGAGCUGAAGAAAGCUUGAAUCAAUCUUUGUCAUCUGCAAAAAUGCCAGAAGAUGUGUCUUACCAAGGGCCUCUGUCUGAUGAUUCCAAGAACAUCAGGGAAGGGGGUGAGUACGAUGAAGAAUAUUACGAGGAAGAUGGAGGGGAUUAUGAAGACCACGAGGCCGAGAAUCCGGUUGAUCCUAACGAGAAAGAGGUGGAACCUGAAUAG